AUGCCUCGCAAGUACACGAAAAAGUUCAACCGGUACUUAUGGAGUGAAGAAGAUAUGAGGAAAGCCUUGGUCGACGUCAAGGGAGGCAUGAAAGAGAAUGCGGCAGCUAAAAAAUACAACGUACCUCGUGAAACGUUAAGAAGAAAAUGUUUGUUGCUGAAAAAUACGCCAAAUGCCGAAAAUCUCCCUUUAAAGACAGCUCUUGGAUUCAAACCAGUUUUCUCCAAAGAGCAAGAAGACGUAAUUUACAAUGAAAUAAUUAAACAAGAUUCAAGAUUGAAUGGUUUUUCUCAAGAAGAGGUUAGAUCCAUGGCAUUUCAUUAUGCGAAAAGUUUAUUCCCAAACAAUGAAAUUUUCAAUAAGGAUACUCAAUUAGCUGGCAAGGACUGGUUUCGAGGGUUUUUGAAAAGACAUCCACAACUAUCAUUAAGGAAACCAGAGCCUACAUCGGCAGCUCGCUCAAGUUCGUUCAAUAGAACAAACGUCGCUGCGUUUUUUAAGCUACUCGGUGAACUCCAGGAUAAAUAUAAGUUUCAACCUCAACAUAUUUUCAAUGUAGAUGAGACUGGAGUUUCAUGCAAUCCCAAGUCUCAAUUAAAACUUGUAUCUAUCAAAGGAAAGAGACAGGUUGGAUCAAAGGUUUCCGCCGAACGUGGGACAACUGUCACUGCAUGUAUCUGUUUUUCGGCUUCAGGAAAUUACAUGCCUCCACUCUUGAUUUUCCCAAGAAAAAAAAGGAACGAAAGCUAUCUUCAUGGUAAGAUGGAUGAUGCCUGGGCUGAAUUCAAUGGCAGUGGAUGGAUGGAAGAAGAGAUAUUUACAAAAUGGCUUGAAAAAUUCAUAAAAUUCUCUGGGGCAACGAUUGAUCAACCUGUUCUUCUUUUACUGGAUGGACACGCAACGCAUGUAAAGAACCUUGAUGCGAUAAAGUUAGCUAAAGAUAAUGGUGUAGUGAUGUUAUGCUUUCCGCCUCAUUGCACCCAUCGUAUGCAGCCUCUCGACGUUGCAUACAUGAAGCCUUUGAGCAACUGUUAUACCAAAGAGGUAAACAAGUGGAUGAGAGAUCAUCCGCAUUCAACGAUAGGACUGAAAGAUAUUUUUUCUAUUUUUACUCCGGCAUUUCUCCAAGCAUUAAACAUGGCCACUGCGGUUAAAGCUUUUAAAGCCACAGGAAUUUGUCCUUAUGAUCCAGAAGUUUUCAGGGACUCUGAUUUUGUACAGCAAGUAUCUGAUGAAAAUCAAGUACCCGUUGAAGAAUCCAGUGAAGCUCAUAACCCAAUAACCCCAGGUUUUGAGCCCUUUUUUGUGCCACUGGAAAAAACAGAUAUGCCAUCGAAUUUUCAAGUUGCAUCAAACUCAACAAGUGAAUCACUCACAGCCUCAGAAGAUCAUCAUGUAGCUCCAGAAAUUAUCAACACCCGUCAACUUGAAGUUAGUCCUGAUGUUCUUUCUGCACCAGCUGGUGAAAUACUGACUGAAAAUAAUACAUGUGACAGUGCAACUCUUGACUCGAUUGACACAAGUGUCGAAAAAUCUUUGGAUAAUCUUCCCCCANUGCUAAGCUUUUUCUUGCCGUAG